CGCGUUUACCUGUCUGUACCGGCCAAAGAUCGGCCCUUUUUUUCCUGCCAGGUCCGCCGCUGCCUGCUCUGCUCCCACGCCGCCGAUGAAGCCCAUCGUCGUCCACGCCGCCGCCGUGGACCGGCGGUGGCUGCUCCCUUUGGCCGUCGGCUCGGCGCUGUCCCUCUUCAUCCUCGUCCUCCUCACCACCGUCCCCUUCCCCUUCGUCCCCUCCUCCACGCCCUCCCCGGCGCUCUUCGUCGAGCACAAGCUCGCCCCGACGCCGCCGGCCUCCCGCGUCGCCGGAUCCCUCCCCCGCAUCGCCUACGUCAUCUCCGGAUCCGCCAGGGACGCCGCCGCGCUCCGCCGCGUGCUCCUCGCGCUCUACCACCCCAGGAACCUCUACGUCCUGCACCUAGAUGCCGAGGCGCCGGAGGCCGACCGCCGGGAGCUCGCCGCCGGCCUCGCGGCGCACCCGGUCAUAGCCGCCGCCGGCAACGUCCGCGUCGUCGAGCGGGCCAACCUCGUCACCUACCGCGGGCCCACCAUGGUCGCCAGCACCCUGCACGCCGCCGCCGCGCUCCUCUGGGGCCACUCCGGCGCCGGCGGGUCCGACUGGGACUGGUUCAUCAACCUCUCCGCCUCCGACUACCCGCUCGUCACGCAGGACGAUCUGAUCCAUGUCUUCUCCAAGCUGCCGCGUGAUCUCAACUUCAUCGACCACACCAGCAACAUCGGAUGGAAGGAGUUUCAGAGGGCGAAGCCGGUCAUCAUCGACCCGGGGCUCUACAUGAAGAAGAAGGCGGACGUGUUCUGGAUACCACAGCGCCGGAGCGUGCCAACGGCCUUCAAGCUCUUCACAGGUUCAGCCUGGAUGGCGCUGUCGAGGUCGCUGGUCGAGUACAGCAUAUGGGGCUGGGACAACCUGCCGCGCACCGUCCUCAUGUACUACUCCAACUUCAUCUCCUCCCCAGAGGGCUACUUCCACACCGUGGUCUGCAACGCCGAGGAGUUCAAGAACACGACGGUGAACCACGACCUGCACUACAUCGCGUGGGACAACCCCCCGAAGCAGCACCCGCACUACCUGACGAUGGACGACCUGGACCGGAUGAUCGCCAGUGACGCGCCGUUCGCCCGCAAGUUCCAUGCGGACGAGCCCGUGCUCGAUCGGAUCGACGAGGAGCUCCUGUCGCGCCGCGCCGGCCCGGACGCGCCCACCCCCGGAGGCUGGUGCGCUGGGACGGGGGACAACGGGAGCGACCCCUGCUCGGUCAUCGGGAACACCAGCUUCCUUCAGCCCGGACGUGGCGCCGUGCGGCUGCAGCGGCUCGUCACAUCCCUCCUGUCGGAGGAGAAGUUCCACCCGCGGCAGUGCAAGUGAUGACAUGACAUGCUUCUGAUUCCAGAGCUGCUUGCGGUGUUAUGAUGCACGGAUCUCCUGCCGGCGAUGCACGCACGGUUGAUUUGACCGCCCGCAGCUCGCCAUUUUGUCGGGUGGGUGGCAGACCGUGCGGUGUAUGACGAUGUUGUACGACCAGACCAGACCAGACUACGUAGCGUAAGUAGAAUUUGUUGUAUCACCACUUGUAGAACUACUGAAGUCUAAAGACCACAAGAUGAUGUAUCAUCGACUCGACGCCGACGGCAUGAACCUGAAGACGGCAACUUGGUGAUGAAAGUUGUACCCACGCCUGCAUCUUGUAAAGGCUGCUGAUGAUGCUUCUGAAGUUUGGAUAUCUCUGUUGUUAAUCAUUGCUGACUAAGUCAUGGAUUUUUCAUUUGA